AUGCCCAACACCAUCUCUAUCACCAUCAAGAACAAGUCUAUGGCUCCGCAGUCAUUUUUGCUCUUCCAAGCCCUUCCAGCUCCGACUGGUGUUCCCGGUGACCAGGUCUUUACCAAUGUUUACCAGAAAUCCCCCGUUAUUGCUGGAAAUGCUCAUGACCAGGUCACGUUCAGAAUUACCAAUGAGUAUUUCGGAAUAUAUGGCACCAAUGUAGCAACCCCUGAUCAGAGGGUCAAAAUUUCCACUUCAGGCUAUUCCGCAGCUACACUUCAGUCUAAUCCCGCGAGUGGUCCUGUGAAUGGUUCCACCUUUUACCUUAGCACUAUUGACAGAGAUGGAAAAUCGCCCACCUUCGCAAGCACCGCUCAGACGACUACUGCUAAAGCAGCGUUCACCAUCCAGUCGGACGAAACGUUCGUUAACACGAACACGAGCAACAUCUAUCUAGGAGUUGGCGCUACAGACCCAACGAAUGGAGCAGUGAUUCCCAUCCAAACAUAUAGGGCGCGCCCAAACGUCACUACUGUGCUCUAUCCUGUGGUCAAAUACUAUAUCUGCUACGGUCAUUUUGAGCCAGGUUCGGUUGUUCAGAAAGCCGAGAUGGGCCGAUACCUCUCUCUGGAUUUCACUGGAGCUUCAGUCAACGAUGUGACCUUCGCACUGGACGAGCACAAUGAUUACCAGAUCGACCCUUCCCUCGCAGGAAGCAACUUGCAAUGGAAGUCAGAGAGGGUUAGCGCGUGA